AUGAUGCAUGUUCAAGAAAGAAUUGAGGAAAUUGAUAUACAUAGAUAAUAGUUAAACAUUCAUAUUUUAUAUUGCAUAUUAAUUUAUUGUUUUAUUUAUACCAAAGAAAGAUAUCUCAAUAUUAUUAUUUAUUUUCAUAAAGACAAAAUGAUUUCUCAAAUAUUUGAUGAAUCUCCAAAAGAAACACAAUUAAUUACUUCAGAUGAUGAAUCUCAGAAUCUUAAAAAAAUUGAUAAAAAUGUUAAUGGUACUAAUAAAAUACAAAUGAAAAAACAAUUAGGUCUUUUAGAAGGAAUUGCAAUUAUUUUAGGAAUUAUAUGUGGUUCAGGUAUUUUUAUUUCCCCAAAAGGUGUAAUCACAGAAGUAGGAAGUGUUGGAAUAUCUUUAAUUAUUUGGGUUUUAUGUGGUUUACUUUCUAUGAUAGGUGCAUUAUGCUAUGCUGAAUUAGGUACUUGUAUACCUCGUAGUGGUGGAGAUUAUGCUUAUAUCUAUGAAGCUUUUGGUGAUUUACCUGCUUUCUUAUAUUUAUGGGCUGCUAAUUUAAUUUUUGUACCAACUACAAAUGCUAUCAUGGGAUUAACUUUUGCUGAGUAUGUUUUACAACCAUUUUUCCCAAAUUGUUCUAUUCCAGAUAGUAGUGUACGUUUAUUGGCAGCCGUUACUAUUUGUUUACUUACAUUUAUAAAUUGUUAUGAUGUCAAAGAUACAUCUAAAAUGCAAAAUGUAUUCAUGUUUACCAAAGUUGGUGCAUUACUAAUUAUAAUUAUCACUGGAUUAGUUUGGGUAAUAUUAGGACAUACAGAAAAUUUUGAAAAUGCAUUUGAAAAUACAAUUACGGAUCCUGGUAAAAUUGCAGUUGCCUUCUAUUCUGGUAUAUUUUCAUAUUCUGGAUGGAAUUAUUUAAAUUUUAUGACCGAAGAAUUAAAGAAUCCUUAUGUAAAUUUACCACGAGCUAUAUACAUAUCGUUACCUUUAAUUACUCUUAUUUAUGUAUUGGCAAAUGUAGCAUACUUAUCAGUUUUAACACCAACUGCGAUGAUUGCUUCUCGUGCAAUUGCUGUGACUUAUGGUGAUCAACUUCUUGGUAUGAUGGCAUGGACGAUACCCGUUAUGGUAGCUAUAUCUGCAUUUGGAGGAUUAAGUGUUCACAUUAUGACAUCAUCUAGAAUGUGUUUUGUUGGUGCCAGAAAUGGACAUUUUCCUUCCAUGUUAAGUCAUAUUAAUAUUUCAAGAUUUACACCUACUCCUGCAUUGAUUUUUCUUUGUAUGUUGUCUUUAAUAAUGUUAUGCACAAGUGAUAUUUUUGUAUUGAUUACAUAUUGCAGUAUAGUCGAAUCAUUUUUCAUAAUGCUAUCAGUAGCUGGUGUUUUAUGGCUUCGUUAUAAACAACCCAAUAUGAAUCGGCCAAUUAAAAUGCCUUUAUGGAUUCCUAUUACAUUUGUGGCUAUAUGUGCAUUUUUAGUAUUUGUUCCUUGUUAUCAAAGGCCAUAUGAAGUUGGAAUUGGUGCUUUAAUAACUUUAUCUGGAAUUCCAGCUUAUUUCAUAGGUGUUAAAUGGAAAAAUAGACCAUUGUGGUUUCAACAAUUUAAUCUCAAAAUUACUUAUACUGUGCAAAAAUUAUUUUUAUCUGCCAUAGAGGAACGGGAUUAUUAAUUUACA